GGACACAGUCCCGGAAAAGCGGGCUUAACGAGUUAAUUGUGGAAUCUGGGUGGUGGGCAUAUGGGUGUUCGCUGUAAACGUCUUCCAACUUUUCUCUCUGUUUGAAAAUUUUCGUAAUAGAAUGCUGGAGGGAGAAAAAAAGAUAUUUAACUGCAACCAGUUAGGACCACUGCCUACUUCCACUUGUUUCCGAGCCUCGUCGCAUUUCUCCCAGGAUGUCUAUUAAUGCAAGCAUGUGGUUUUUCCAGAAUUUGUUUGGACGCUGGUAUUAGUACGUUUGUAAAAAUGUAUAAUUGGUUAUGACUUCUUUUUCGUUCUAGGUAUUUACUUUCGUUCCUAUUUUUGCAUUCUCCCUAGAACGCCCCCCUAAACCUUAGACGCCUGGUGGCGGGGAGAGGGGGGGUUCCGGGCAUGGGACGCGAGAGCCUCUGCGUCGGGUACAGGAAGGCAGUCACGUGACAGUGCCGCCAUCUUCCUUCCUGGCGGACGCUCCUGGCGACGUCUGCGUCCCUGCCCUACUGCGCAGGCGCGGGGCGAAGCGCGCUGCCCUCCGGCCGGGGCGCCUUCUUCCCAGGUCGGGAUCUCCUGGGUCGCGAGGGGUUGGGAUCCGCGAGGAGAUUCAGCCUUAGCAUGGCGACCGUCUUCAUCAAGAAGAUGGUGGUCUCUGUCGCGCGCCCUCUCCUGCGUCUGAGUUCUUGCACAGGGGGUCCCCGCGCGCUCUCCACACUCCUUUUGGGACCCCUUCGAGCUGCACUUCCCGUCGAGGCGAAGCCCAGCCCGGCGGUGGCCUCGCUUCUGUCCAGUCGCCUCGCGCCGUGCCUGCCCCCUGCUCUGGGGUUCAAGACCAAGGGCGUCAUUAAGAAGCGCUGCAAAGACUGUUACCGGGUGAAGAGGCGUGGGCGGUGGUUCAUCUACUGCAAGACCAACCCGAGGCACAAGCAGAGACAGAUGUAGCCCCCCUGGCUGUGCAGUAAUGUGGGAAGUCUGUCAUUUCCUUGGGAAAUGGUUUUACCUUGCUGAGAAAAAUAAAAUGGAACGUUCUGUUGUCUAA